GAUGAAAAAUGAUAGUAAGAGAGAAAGAGAAAGUAUGUGUGUGUGAGAGAGAUUGAAUGAUGUCCGAGUUGUAAGGCUGUUUAUACUUUAUUUUUUGUCUGUUUAAAGAAACCUUUGAUAUCCUAAACUCACAAGGUUUUUAGACAUUUUUCAACUCAACAAUUAGCAAUUUAAAUCAUUACCCAACGUCCCACCUAAUCAACCUGACCAUCUUAUCAUAAUCAUCUUUCAUUGUUAAUUUUGUCAUCAUAACCCUAAUCUUGAACGGUUACCUUCGUGCUUCGAUACAUAUGCAUAAUACAUUUAUACUUAUGUAUGGUUUAUAUAUGUGUGUGUAAAUAUAUCUUGUUGCAUUGGAAAAUCUGCUCACACCAUCAACCUUGUAUACCUUAUUUGAUUAAUUAAUAUAACUUGUGCUCCAUCUUCAUCUCUUCUCAUCUUUCUUCAGUAAACAUCGUUUUUUCGCCAUCUCAAAUAAACCCAGGAACACAAAAACCAUCCUGAUUUGAUUUCUCUGUGAUUAUCUACUUGUGCAUAUGUAUAUUUGUGUAUCAAGUUAACCAGUUUUUCCGUUGCAAAACUUUGGCUCUCUCUCCCUGGCUAAGGAUUUGGUUAUAUCUGGUUGUUAUUUCUGUUUACUUGGUUAUGUUUAUCUCAACUAUUUACUUUCAAAUGAUAUAAUUUGAAUUGUGAAGAGAAAGCGAAGAGAAGACGAGAGAAGGAGAAACACCAAAUUAUCAUCAUUCACCAGUGGAAGAGGCAAGAAAAAACAAACCAACAGCAGUUACCAGUGAAAGGAUAAAAGGAGAAAAUAGACAGAGGAAGAAAGGUUGUUGUCUCUCGUUGGCCUUUUAGAUUAAUUAUGGAUAAUUUGAAUAUUUUCUGGUCCACUAAUGGCAGUUUAACAGUAUUAUGGUUCAAUUUGCUGUUCACCAGUCAACAUCAACAAUAACAGUAUCCCCAAUCAACUUGACUGUAACACAUAAACCGAACACACACACACAUUCAUCUUUCUAUUUUCAUUCAACCAUCAUCAUCAGUAGCAGCAACAACAACAUCAACAUCAAGGCAAAAAGUCUUCAUUGGUUGAAUAAUAAGACUCAAUCAGCCGACUUUUUUGUGCAUUUUAACUUAAACCCAACCAGGAUCCAUCUUAUAUUCUAAAGAAUUAUUUCUCAUCGCCAAUCUGUUUACUAUGUGUGGUUCUCGUUUAUAUUCAAUGGUUAUUGAUUAAUUAAACAUCUUUAAAAUAAUUGGUUAUUUCUUAUACUUUUGUGUUGUUGUGUUUAUGUUUUUAUGGCCCUUUGCAACAUCUUGUCUCCUUGUGUCUUACUUCUCUUCGACUACAUAGCCAGUUUUCAAAUAUCAUCCAGCCAAUCCUAAACUGUCUACGCUCACUCACAAAGGCUAACUUCAUUUUUUGAGAAACGGUGAAAACAGCUUAAGUUAACAAAGAUUGGUCAAAAUAUAUUCAAUUUUUAUUCCCAAGACUUAUAGUUUAUAUUCACUAUAUCCUAAGUUAAAAUCAAAAAAAUAUGAAAGCUCAAAGUAAAAAUAGAAAAAGUCCAACCUGUUCUCGGUGUCGUUUUCAUGGAGAAAGAGAUGUGCGAGUACUUCAACAUAAAUGCCCUUAUAAGGACUGUUCAUGUUCUGAUUGUCUUUUAGUCAGAAAACGACCCCCUAUUUAUAGAGCUCAAAAAAAUUUGGAUAAACAAGACGAAAAUAGCAACGAGGUUUCAUCUUCAGGUAGCGGAAGUACUGGAAGUAGUCGGUGUCUAGGAAGUCCACAGAUACCAAUACAUCCAGGAAAUAUUGGAGAUAGUAAUGAUCCUACUAUUCAAAAUCCAUGGUCCACCAAUCACCAACAACCACCACCACCAUCACAGCAACCACCAGUUCCUCUUCCGACAUCAUCUUUACCACCUCCUCCGUCUCAGUUGUCACCAUUAUCCAUAAACUCCAUUCCACCUAAAAACAUUGGCUACUCCAAUAUCAAAAACUUCGAACAAUUGUGCCUAGCUUUCUAUGACCAUUCACCUUCCCAUCUACAGAGUCUCUUGGAACAAUGUGGCAAUGAUUUCGAGAAAACAAUUGAUAAGAUAUUGCUGAACAAAUGGGGUAGCGACCCUCUAACUCCAAGCAAUGAUUACCCAUUAACAAGUGAUCCAAGCUACUCAACUAAUAAUAAUAAUAAUGCUAAUAAUGCUAAUAAUAACAAUAACAAUAACAUUAUUAACAAUAAUACCAAUAAUAGUAGUAACAAUAUGAAUCAUAAUCAUAAUCAUAAUCAUAAUCACAACCAUAAUCAUAAUCAUAAUAGUAAUCAUAACAAUAACCACAACAAUCUUGAAUAUCCAACCAAUGAAGAUGAUACUCGCCUUUCGUUUGCCAAUUGCCAUUAUCAACCAAGUCAAAGAAUGAUGACCGCACCUAAUUUCAAUAAUCAAGGUUAUACGGGUGAAGAACUGGCCAAUAGAUCGAUCCAACCUCAUAAUACUGAUGCAAUGGCUCCAGAUUGGUCUUAUGAUACAACUAGAUAUCCAACUUCAAACUAUCCAAAUAACUGGAAUCAAGGCGAUUACCCGACUUGGUCCAAUGCAAGUUCAAAUUUUUGGCCUAGUAACGGCCAUACUUACUCAUAUGUUGAUCAAAAUGAUGCAAAUGCCAUGAGCUAUUAUUAUGGCAGACGGGAAAUGGACUACGCAGAUCCGUCUGGUCAUUUGGAUCGAACCGUUAAACCAGAGAUCGGUCAAAACAUAUCAUCAAACUAUGAUUUUGACUCAUAUUGAUUCAAUGCAACCAGCAUCAGAGUUAUAAUGUUAAAUGAUUUCAAGCGAGGAACAACAAAAAUAUUCUGAUGACAAACCAUCUAAACGAUUAUGAUUAUAUUGAGGCUGGUAAUAAGGAUGAUGGCUAUCAUCAAUAUAAUCACUUCAACAAACUUCAACUUUAAUUACAAGCAGCGAAGCGAAAGACAUUUUUGAAAGCUCAAGCUCUCAGGAGUACGAAUUAGGACAACUUGAAUUUACGGAAACCUAAAUUAAAUCAAAUACCAACAGCAAGAUGAUUGUGUUCUCCUUCUCCUUUUUCUCUUCUCUCUCCUUCUCAUUCCUCUCCUCAUCCUUCUCGCAUUUUACCUUCCUUCUCUUCUUCUGUUGUAAGGUCCAAAAAAUAACCCAGAAUUUCAGAAUCAAAGCCCAAUUUUUCAUGUUCCAGUGUAACUUCUAGUCAUUAACAACAAAUAACUCUGUGAAUCUUUGUUCAUUUAAAAUGUUGUUAAUCUCAGCACACUCUGAAUCCAAUUUACACAAACAGACAAGAUUGAAAAAAAUCAAAAAAGAUGCAUUUCAAAGCAGAGUCCGUUCAUCAACUAAUAGUGAUUUUGCUCCUCCAUAAUAAUAGAGGCAAAGUGAUCUUUCUUUAAACUACAUUUUUGAAUUUCAAUCUUGUUUUUCUGUGUCCCUUGCUCAUUACCAACCUAUACUCUAUUUUUUUCUCUUUUUCAUCUAUCUACUUAAAUCAUGAGUAUCCUCAUACCUUCUUAAAAAUGACCCUGUUUCUUCAAGACAGCAACCAGGAUGAUGCAAGCAACCAAGAAAGCCAAAAAACAAAGCAAUAGAAAUUAAUGAUGGUCUAAUGAUCUCCAUGAGAUUAGAUCAAACAAUCAAGCAAAUUAAUUAAAUGGUUUCUAUUUCUCUGGACAAAUGAAAAAAAGAAUCAAAUUUAAACACAAAAACAAACCAAUAACUAAUAUACAUACACACAACACACUGAAAAUAAUAACUCACCCAAUACAAAAGGAGUCUCAAAAGAUUAAUUAAAUUGCAUUGUUUCAAUUUGUCAUA